CCAAUUUUCACGAUAUCCCAAGCUCCAGCUCAGCCUCGGCCUCCUCAGCUACACGAAACUCGAACGAAACCACACCCCACCGCAACCAUGACGUCCACAAUUGGCAUCCCCAUCAAGCUUCUCAACGAGGCACAGGGCCACAUCGUUACUCUCGAAAUCACCUCUGGCCAGACCUACCGCGGCAAGCUCCUCGAUGCCGAGGACAACAUGAACGUCCAGCUCAAGGACAUCACCGUCACCGCCCGCGACGGCCGCGUCUCCCACCUCGACCAGGUCUACAUCCGGGGCUCCCACGUGCGCUUCUUCAUCGUCCCCGACAUGCUCCGCAACGCGCCCAUGUUCCGCAGCCGAAACGUCCGCGGCCGCGGUGUUGGUCUUGCCCGAGGUCGCGCGACCGUCAGCCGUGCGCGCGCAGGCGGUCGAGGACGGUAG